CUGCUUCCUACUCAUCUAGAACUCCUUGACUUUUACUUCAAGAGCCGUCCAUUAAUUAAUAACUCUAGAUGAAAUAAAGAUAAUGACGAAAAUUGGAAAUGACUAUAAGGUGGCUGUUUUUGAUAAUGCCAUUCUACCCACCUCUCUCCUCUUCCAUAGCAAACCAGAAUCACUCACUGCUCCUUCCUUCCCCCCUCCACACACACACACACAUACAACAGCAACUACAUACCAUGCUAGACCCGGCCCGACAAAGAAACAACCUUAGGCUAUCCGACCACAUCCAGAUCUCUGGCGUCGGUGCCCUCGACUACGGUUCCCGGGCUCGAAAGACUGUCGAAAGCCAUGCAAACUACAGGGCUACUGCUCAGGCCAACAUGUGCGACUUCCGCGGCAAGACGAACGCAGACGAGGACUCGGGGGUAUGCACACCGCCGCUGUGGCGGUCGAGCCCACCGGAGAGCCCGCAGCGCCACCAGGGCGGCGUCAACCAUUACCGGAGCUUGUCGCCCGCUUCGAGGACGCAGGCAAUCGCUCGGGGGCAAAUGGAGCUCAUGGAGAUGGUGAGGAACAUGCCCGAGUCGUGCUACGAGCUCUCUCUCAAAGACCUCGUCGAGCUGCCGAGGGUUCGGCCACAGCUCGAUACCAUGGCGAUGAUCCAAAGGGAUGGGAGUGCCAAGAGACAGAACAGCAACAGGAGAGUUGAUGGGACCAAUAAUAAAGGGCAUAUGAUGGUGAGGAGUGGAAGUAUCGACAAUGGUGGGUUCUUGCUUAAAAUGGUGUUUCCAAUUCCUUGGAGCUCAAGCAAGAAGAAAAAGGAUAAUAUAGGCAAUAACUUUAGCAAGGUCUCGCCGAGGCCCUCGAUGGAUGGAUCUGCGAACGUCGAGGUCGAGAAGGAGUGGUGGAGGAAGAGGAAUUCUGCACCGGGUGACAGCGAGAGCGUUGAUUCAAGCAUGAACGCCGGAAGCAUGAAGAGCAGUGGAAGCAGAAGCAGCAGCAGCAGCAGCAGAUGCAACAGCUUGAGUAGGAGCAAGAGGCACGUGAACGGAGGAGGGUGUUGCUCGUUUCUCUGGACGGUGAAGAGCGAAUCGCAGAAGCGAAAAGAGCGAGCCCAUGCUCCGAACGCGGCCUAAAUCGGUUCUGUAAUUAUGUUUCCAUUACUGUAGUACAUCCAAAGAUCACAUUAGAGUGCCUACAUAUAUUCGGAAGUGUUUGAUGAGUUUGUAAUUAUUCUCAUCUCUAAAUUUUUCAAUAUGCUGUUUGCUUGAA